CCUUUGCAAGCCAGCCGGUCCCUCCUGCCUGCCGGCCGGCCAGCCAUGAUGCCUUCCGUGGCGCUGCUCAGCCUCCUCGGAGCCGCAGCUCUGUCAGGUGUUCAUUCAGCACCAGUGGAAAAAGAUGAUCAUGUUGAAGAAAUGGUCACACGAUGCAUUGUAGAAGUCCUUUUGAACGGUUUGUCCAAAGCUGAUGCUCCGCCUAUCAACCCACUCUGCAAAGAGCUUCUGAAGAAAACCAAUCAACAAAAGCAAGAAGAAAAAAAUAUAGGCAAAGAUGUAGGUCUUGACACAAGGCACUUAUCAGAAUUAGAAGAGUUAGAGAAGCCACCAGAAGGAACUGUGAGCGAAGAACAAGAUCAGAAUGAAGAAGAAGUGAAAAGACGGGCAGAAGGAAGUGAGAAGUGGCAUUCUGAGGGGGAAAACCAUGGGGGAAAUGGCAACCAACAAGUCACCUCCCAAGGGAGUCCUUAUUCUUUUGAUGAAGCUCAUAAAGAAGAAAAAAAGGAUGACGACGAGAAAAGAACCGGGAAGGAUGGUAGCAAUAAAAGAAAUUACCACAGUGAAGAAGGAAGCAAGGAAAAAAAACAUCAUGAGGAGAUGGAGCAUGAGCUUCUAGACAAAAAGUCUCCUCCUACAGCAGAAAGGAUGGCUGAAGGUGACUUCAAGCGUUCUGGGGGCCAAAGGUACUUGGAGGAAAGCUCACAUAAGCAAAAAGAGGGAAAUCCAGAGAGUGAGGAAGAGGAAGAGGAUGAGGAAGAAGAAGAGGAGAGCAGUGAAAAAUAUCACCACAGUUUUCAUCGAGAAUAUGAAGACUCUUAUGAGAGGAGAGAAGCUGAUACAGAGAAACAAGGCCGUAAACCAAGGCAUUACCCCAGGAAAUUAAGGAUGGGCAACUCUUCUGAAUACAAAAAACAUUAUAAUGGUGAGAAGAGGGACUCGCCUGAAGAGUCAAGUGAGGAAGAAAGUGAAUUCUGGGAUAAAAGAAGCCACUAUCCCAAACAUUAUUAUGAGAUAGGACAUCCUUCUGAGGAGAAGAGAAACUCCAAUGAGAUGCGUGGCUCUGAGGAAAUGGGGGGAAAGAGCAGGAGUAAAGAGUACCAGGACAGAUGGCAUCACAGCAGAGAGGACAAUGAAGAGGAAGACAUGAGGCAUCACAGCAGAGAGGACAAUGAAGGGAAACAGCGCCCUUAUGACAGAAGAAGACUCCACGAUAAACCACAAAAAGAGGUGAGACACCACUAUGGGGAAAGGACUCCUCACAGCAAGGCAAGUGAGGAAGAUGUAGGCAAGCAGCACAGUUAUAGCAGCAGGGAUGGGAAAAGGUACCCGCAUGACAGAGAGGAACAACACUCAGAACUGGAGGAGCCACCAAAGCCACAAAAUAUGGAGAGGGAAGAAGAACAAAGAUUCUACAGCCCAGAAGAAGGGCCCAGGGAAGAAAAAAGGCACAAGCCUGGUAUCAGUGAGGAAGAGCUAGAGAAGAGACACCACAGUGAGGGUGGAAAGCAUAUGAACAGCAAAAGGACACUUCUGAUUGAGGAGGGCUAUCCAAGAAGCCACUACCUUGUGGAAAAUGUGAAAAGAGCUGCACCUCCAUACAUCCCUUACUACCAGCAACUUAGGUGGAAGAGCAGACACGCUGAAAAGAAAGACAUCGCCGAUCCAUUUUCGGAGAGUGAAGAAGAAGAAGAGCCCAGGCCCCACCUGAAUGAGGGAGAUUUCUUUCCUGAGUAUAACAGCUACAGCUCUUCAUGGGAGAAGAAGCAACUUAUGGAUGGCCUGAAUCACAAGCAUAAAAGCAAUGACCUUGAAAGGAUCCAUAAAUUUGAUGUGAAAAGACAAUACAACAGGAUGGAUGAACUCGCCCAUAUGCUGAGCUACCGGAAGAAAUCUGCAGAAUUCCCAGAAUUAUACAGCUCCAAGGAAGACAUGAAAAGAGGGCACAUCAUAAGAAGUGGCAAGAACCAACUCAGUCAACGACCUCUGACACAGGAAGAGGAGAAAGAACUGGAAAAUCUGGCCGCUAUGGAUUUGGAGCUGCAGAAGAUUGCGGAGAAGUUCAACAGUAACAGGAGGGGAUGAAUCUUGCCUGGCCUCAUGCGGGUAUCGUAAAGUGCAGCUUUAUUUACAGCGCACUAUAUUUACUGAUAAAGUCACUGCCUUGAGUGUUGUUCUCCUUUCCUUCCUAAUCAAAAAGUAAAUGCAGUUUACUGCCUGCUAGUUAUCGACUACUGCACAGGCGCAAGUAUCUUUAUUCCAAAUAUGCUAGGAAGAUCAGAUCAGCAUGAAUUCUAGCAUCUAGACCUAUGUGCAAGGCAGACUUUUUAAAAUAUGUGUGGAAAUAAUUGUGUGUGUAUGU